UUCCCUUAGGUCGUUGUCACUGGCAACCGGUCGAUUGUUUACAACAUGGCCGGCAGUUGUCAUUAUUGAAAUUGUAGGUGAAGGAAUACCCCUGUUCCCCGGUCAUUCGUCUCUUUGAACCUUUAACGAGAUUGAAACCAUUGGCAUUGCAUUACCUGUCAGAUUUUGGCGUUUUUUGGUUGACCUUCUUCUGAAUCAGAUUCAUUGAUUUUUAUGACUGUACCGACUUUCUAGCCCAGAUUCACCAUGUCGGAUUCUCCAAAUCAAAGAUCAACAGCUGUAUCACCAGCUAAUUCACAAAUCUCUGAAAAAAAAUCUAGACAAGAUGUAGUUUCUCGUCAGUCUGGUAGAGUUACCUUUCCUAACUCAGCUAAAUCAGAUUCUAGUCACCAUUCUAUCAUGUCAGAUGAUAUGAUGCCACCAGGAAAUCCAUUUAAGAUGCCUCUAGAUAGCGAUAUCUUUAUGUUAAGAGAUAAAGAAAGACAGAGAAAGAAACAGCAAAGAUUAAAACAAAGACAAUUGAAAGUUCAUGAGAAAACAACCUAUGCUACCCGUGUUAAUUUCCGUACAGCAUCAAUGAUUCGACCCGUUGAUUCUGAUGAAGAAAUUCAAGAAGAAGAUCCAGACAAAUCUGUAGCUGUUAAAGAUGAUCCCCAGUUUACAAUCGCUGUUACUAGAGAUAGGCAUGUAGAGAAAGAAUCUUUAGCAGAAUAUAUUGCUAAAAAACGGGAAAUGUUUCUAGUUCAGUAUUCACUUGGUGUGAAAAGAGAUGAAAUGAGGAAAUUAGAAGAAAUUGCUCAAGCUGAAGAAAGAAAAUUAGAAUUGGCAGAACAAUAUUUAGAAGAAGACGCUGCAAUGUUUGAUGAAUUUUUAAAAGAAAAUGACAAAAAUUCUGUAGAAGCUAUCAAACUAGCCGAGCAAGAGACAAAAUUAAAAUUAGAGAAAGUAGGAGAAAUUAAAAGAAUUCAUGCUCAAAUGAUGUCAAUAAAAUCAGAGAUAUCUAAGUAUGAAGAUACCUUAAAAGAAUAUCAACUCUACAGGAAAUUCUUAGAGGCUUUAACACCCCAGGAAUGGGCAGAAGAUAAGAUUAAUGAAAAAAAGAAAAUAAGAGAAGAAAGAAGAAAAGAACGUGAGAUGAAUGCAUUAAAUGCUAAAAAAAGUGAAAUGGAACAAUUAGAGAAAACUAAUUCAGCUGCAAUGAAGCUCAAGAAGAGAUUGGGAAAAACUGGUACACCUAAAACUAGUGUUUCAUCUUCCAAAAGUCAACUUGAUACAGAGAGUACAUCAUCUUCUAUGGUAGAAGAGGAAGAAGACAGUGAUGAGGAAUUAGAACUUUUUUUCUCAGACUCCCAACAAUUAUUAGAUAUAUUUGCUGAAUUAGAAGAACAGAAUUUAUCACUUAUUCAAAACAGUCAGGAAACAGAAGAAUCUCUAGAAGAAAUGAAACAAACAAUAAAACAAACAAAGCGUAAAAUGGAAAAAGAAACCCAGAUAUUAAAAGAACAAAUAGAUAAAUUAAAUGCUCAAAUACAAAAAGAAGAAGCCAAAGCAGCAGAUUUAAAAAUGAAAUCAAAGAUGUUUAACUAUGGUGAAUUUAAAGCAGAAGAUCAGGAAAAGAUGCUGGCAUCGUUAAAUCGUAAAGUAGAAGAAGUUUAUCGGGGAUGUAUUGGUGACAACGAAGCAAACAUCAGCACUCUACAGAUGUUGACAAACAUAGAAAACAGAAUGGAAGAAUUAUUUGAACAAAUAGAAACAAUGCCACAAGACAAAGUGGAAGCUGCAGAGAAGGCUAAAGAAAAAGAAAGAAGAUUAAAGAUGAGGGAGGAAAAGAUUGAACAACAGAAGAAAUAUCAAGAAGAAAGAGUUAAACGAGCUUUAGAACGGGCGAAGGCUGAACCUAAAAAACAGACUGGCAAGAAAUUAGUUUUCCGUUCCGAACCUCCUCGAUUAAAGAAAAAAGAAGAUGAAGGUGCUGAUCAAGCUAGUAAAGAGGAAGAAGAAUUAGCAUACUUCUUUACAUGGUAGUGACUACCAUGACUACUGUCUCUUAGCAUUAUCUGUUGCAUAGCAACCAUUACUAUACCAACUGUUUAAAACAUAAAUUUUGCCUAUAAUAAUGGCCACACAUGCUUGAAUCAAAAUCCUGGUAAUGUUUUAUGAAGAACUGAAUAUAAAUAGUAUAGAAAUUGUUUCUAAAAUCUGGUGCUAGUAUUGUCGGCUCUAAAUUUAGAUGUAUUCAAGCAACAGUAAUAAAACUGGCAGUGGAAUAGGAGUUACAUGACGUUACUUACAUUAUUCCAGUUGUCUUCAGGCCUAUGAACAAUUUCAUAAAGGUUUUUUUUUUUUUGCAGCGGCUAAUUGUUAUGUUAUUGUUGCUAUAGAUCAGCAUUUGAUAUGUUAUAUCAUGAUUUAUUUUUGUCCCCCGCCUUUCGAAGAAAGCAGGGGACUAUUAAAAUGGGUUCGUCCGUCUGUCUGUCCGUCUGUCUGUCCGUCCGUCUGUCUGUCCGUCACACUUUUUGGGACACAAUAACUCUCUUCCUAAUUGAGCAAGAAUGUUCAAACUUGGUGUAUGUGUUUAUUAGGUCAAUGCCUUGAUGGAGUUCGAAGAUGAGCAUUUUCCGCUUAGGGUAAGCAGAGAUAAGCAAUUUGAUUGGUUGAUGCUUUGGGACACGAUAACUCUCUUCCUAAUUGGGCUAGAAUGUUCAAACUUGGUGUAUGUGUUGAUUAGGUCAAUGCCUUGAUGGAGUUCGAAGAUGAGCAUUUUCCGCUUAGGGUAAGCAGAGAUAAGCAAUUUGAUUGGUUGAUGCUUUGGGACACGAUAACUUUUAAUUGAGCUAGAAUGUUCAAACUUGGUGUAUGUGUUUAUUAGGUCAAUGCCUUGAUGGAGUUCGAAGAUGAGCAUUUUCCGCUUAGGGUAAGCAGAGAUAAGCAAUUUGAUUGGUUGAUACUUUGGGGCACGAUAACUCUCUUCCUAAUUGAGCUAGAAUGUUCAAACUUGGUGUAUGUGUUGAUUAGGUCAAUGCCUUGAUGGAGUUCGAAGAUGAUUAUUUUCCGCUUAGGGUAAGCAGAGAUAAGCAAUUUGAUUGGUUGAUGCUUUGGGACACGAUAACUUUAGUUCUAAUUAAGUGAGAUUGAUGAAACUUGGUGUAUAGUUUCAUUACAGUAAUACCUUGACUAAGUUUGAUAAUGAGCAUUUUCUGCUCAGGGUAAGCAGAGCGAUACGCAAUUUGAUUGGUCGAGACUUUGGAAAACAAUAACUCUCCUACUUUGAUUGUUAGACUAUAAGUAAAGAUAUACUGUUUGAUUGUUCAAUACUUUGUAAAAGAUAAUUUGUGAUAAAUUUAUAUGUGUCCUCUAAUUAUUUUCCUAUUUCGGCGGGGGACAUCAGCCUCACUGUUGGCUUGUUGUUAUAUUUAUGAUAGAAUAAGAAAAGAUUGUUAUAUUUAUGAUAGAAUAAGAAAAGAUUGUUAUAUUUAAGAUAAGAUUAAGAUAGGUAUUGUUAUUUAUAUUAAAGUAAAAUGAGAAAC